AUGCUGCUUAAGCUACCUGUAAAAGUCCAGUAGCUCUUCAAUUGAGGCAUAAUUAUAAUGCAUAUAUUCGCAUGCGUAAUACUUGAUCUAAAAUUGAUCCCAGUCUAAAAUAUUUCAUCCUUCAUUUGGAAACUCCAGUAAUAUGGCCGCCAAAAGUACAGAUAUAGUCGUACCAGUCGUUGAGGAAAAUUGCAAGAUGAAUGAUUAUAAUAAUACUUUCAUGGGCGCUUUAAGUAAGCUGCGCGAUGAAAAAGAGUAUUGCGACUUUUUAUUGCAAGUAGGAGGUGAAACUAUACAUGUCCAUAGAGCUGCACUGGCGAUUAGUUCCCCGUAUUUCAAAGCCUUGCUUAAGAGCAACAUGAAAGAGAAUCAAUUGGGAUCGGUUACAUUCGAGGACAAAGAUGUAAAUGCUGUAAAGGCCAUCAUUGGAUUUAUCUAUAGCGGCCAAAUUACGUUAACCGAAGAAAAUGUUCAAGCGAUUUAUUUGACUUCCGACUACUUUCAGAUGGAAUGGCUAAAAAAGCGAUGCGUGGAAUUUCUGAAACGCCAUUUGAGGGGAGCGAAUUGUAUACAGAUUCGAAGUUUUGCAGAUAAGUUAUCUUUCAAAGAACUUUAUGAUUGCUCUCAUAAGUAUAUAUUAAAUAACUUUGAUAUGUUGAUUGAUAAUAAGGAAUUAUUGCUGCUAUCAUUUGAAGAGAUCCUCGGGCUGAUAAAAGAUGACCAGCUUUCAGUCAAACUUGAAGAAAAUGCAUACAUAGCCGCAAUUAAUUGGAUCAAAUACAACGUAGAAGACCGAAAGGCUCAUCUCACCGAGUUAAUGAGUCACAUUCGGUUACGUUUCGUUCGCACUCGAUUCUUGACGAAAUAUAUUAUGAAAGAAUCUCUACUUGAAAGAAAUUUGCAAUGCAAGGAUUUUAUAAUAGAAGCUUUAAGUUAUCAGGCAAUGCUAAAAGAUUGUUUGUCUGAAAACUCUCAGUCUGAAGAGAUCCGUGGUGUAUGUAAAAUGGCGGGUGAAAAUCUGAAUACUGCAGAAUAUUACAAUCCUUUUACUAAACGAUGGAGUUGCAUCGCAAACAUGAACUAUGCGCGUAAAAAUUUUGGUAUUUGUGCUUACAAGGAUUGCAUUUAUGUUAUGGGCGGUUGUGGAACGUCUCUCUCUACUGAAAUUUUUAAUCCUUCAACCGACCGAUGGUACGCGCAGACAACUGACAAUACAAUAAAUUACAACUUUUGCAAUCGCAUAGCAUUGAUCGAAAAUAGUAUUUACACUUUAGGUUAUAAAUUUGAUGGCAUUAUUACUUGUACGCGUUUUGAUCCAAGAGAUGGGAGAUUUUAUAAAUUGUAUAAUGUGGGAGGAGAAAAUAUGGAAACAUUUGAGGUUUUCUCUAGUGAUCACUCAUUAUAUUGCAUUCAAAACAACUACUUCGUUCGUCUCGACGUACGAAUUAAUAAAUGGGAGAGAAUGCCUUUGAUGCCUCGCGAAAGAAGUAAUUUUUCAGCGAUUAUGCUGGAAGACAAUAUUUAUGUGUUUGGCGGCAUGACAAUAAAAUCCAAUCAUGAUGAUAGUGCUCUUGGCAACCCUUUUUUUAAAAGAGGACGGACAUAUUCUCAACAGCUAACCAAGCCAUUAAUAAUUCUUUUAACCGUUGAGCCCGCUAAACACUUGAGGAAUUAUAAUUACAAGAAUGUAAGUAAGGAGGAAAAAGGAAAGUCUCGAAAUUCUAGGAUUUGCACGAUAUUGAUAUUAAAUGGUGUUGAUAUUUGCUUUUUCGAUGGACACAUUCACUUGUGCGGAGGUGUCAAGCAGAUCUUACGAAAAUACAUCAUUUAUGCUCUAGCCUCCAACAAUUUUUCCAUUAUAGCUUGCAUCAGUUGCAGUACAAAGCCAUAG